AUGGGCACUUUACAGCUCUUUUCAAUUGUGUGUACUAUUGUGCUGAUCUCGUCUACGGUGCAAUGUUUGAAUCUAACCGCACCGACCACCCGCGAUUGGUGGCAAAAGGCGGGUUUCUAUCAAAUAUAUCCCCGAUCUUUUAUGGACAGUGAUGGCGAUGGUGUGGGCGAUUUGAAUGGUAUUGCAUCGAAGUUGCCAUACCUGAAGUCCAUAGGCGUAAAGGCAUUUUGGCUCUCGCCGAUCUACAAAUCACCGAUGGUAGACUUUGGCUACGAUAUAUCCGAUUUUCGGGACAUUCACGAGGAGUUCGGUACGAUGGCCGAUUUUGAGCGGCUAGUGGUGCAAGCGCAUGAUCUCGGCUUGAAGGUGAUUAUGGACUUUGUGCCGAAUCAUUCGAGCAAUCUGCACGAUUGGUUCAACAAAUCGGAAAACCAAGUAGCAGGCUACGAGGAUUACUACGUUUGGCAUGAUGGCAAAACAAAUCCGGCAGGUGGUAAGAACUUGCCGCCAAAUAACUGGAUUCAAGCAUUCCGUGGCAGUGCAUGGGAGUGGAGUGAUAAGCGACAGCAGUACUAUCUUCAUCAGUUCACCGUCGAACAACCCGAUCUCAAUUACCGCAAUCCCAAGGUGGUGGAAGAAAUGAAGGAGGUGUUACUUUUCUGGCUAGGCAAGGGAGUGGAUGGAUUUCGUAUCGAUGCCGUUCCGACACUUUACGAAGAUACGCAGCUGCGCGAUGAACCACCAAGCGGUUUGAUAGAUGAUCCGGAGGAUACCAACUAUCUGCUGCACAUCUACACUCAGGAUCUACCUGAAACGGUGGAGAUGGUGUACGAGUGGAGAGAACUGAUUGAUAAUUACCAUGAACAGCACGGCGGGGAGACUAGGGUCAUUAUGACGGAGGCAUACUCAUCGUUGGAUGUGAUAAAAACCUACUAUGAGAGCAGCACCGGACGAAUAGGAUCACAUAUGCCGUUUAAUUUUAGGCUGAUCACUGAAGUGGACAAGGAUUCGACCGCUGCCGAUUACGUGAAGGUGGUGCAGGAUUGGAUGAGCAUAUUACCUGCAGGUCAGGUACCGAACUGGGUGAUGGGAAACCAUGACCGACCGCGAGUUGGUACACGGCUUGGGGAGGAACGUAUUGACGCACUGAACAUGAUCCUGCUCAGUCUUCCGGGUGCGAGUGUUACGUAUCAGGGUGAAGAAAUUGGCAUGACCGAUGGGUACGUCUCCUGGGAAGAUACUGUUGAUCCGGCUGCUUGCAAUGCGGGAAAGGACCUGUACGAGGAAAAGUCACGCGAUCCAUGCCGCACACCGUUCCAGUGGGAUAAUACGACGAUGGCAGGGUUUACCACUGGUACCAAGACAUGGUUACCCGUCGGUGCUCGGUACAAGGAGGUGAACGUGUACGUCGAAGAGCAGGCCGAAAAGAGUCACCUCAAGGUGUAUCGAUCAAUGAUGGGUCUAAGAAAGUCGCGAACCUAUCAGUUUGGUACGGUGAAAGCGAUCGCACUGAACGAUUUGGUGUUGGCAAUUGUACGGGAACUGCCGAACUUUAGCACUUACAUUACGCUGGCCAAUCUUGGCAGUCAGCUUGAGGUGAUCAAUGCCGUAGCACUAGCCGAUUCACUCCCGGACAAGCUGUAUUUUGACGUAGUUAGUGUCGCUUCGCAUAACAUUCGAGGAGGAUCGGUAGCGACAAAGGAUAUUGUUUUGCUACCGAACGAGGCGUUUGUGCUGAGAGCACACGUAGGACCGGUAGAAAGAGUGUAUUCGUCGAUUUGCGAUAGUUGGUUCGAAUAA